GAAGAUCUUCCUACUCUUGCAAACCUUAGAAGCCACAAGCUCUAGCAUCUCAUUGCUCAUUAGUCACCAUGUCCCCCAAUUUUAGGACGUUAUGUUUGUUCUUGAUUGUGGUGAUUGCACCUGCGGCAGUGAAGUGUGACCUAGAAAUAGGCUUUUAUGAUCAGACAUGUCAAGGGGCAGAGCUGUUAGUCUUUGAUGCAGUUGCAAGGGCUGUGAAUGCAAAUCCUGGCAUUGCUGCUGGCUUGAUAAGAAUGUUUUUCCAUGAUUGCUUUGUAAGGGGUUGCGAUGGGUCUGUGCUAAUAGAUUCGACUGCGGGUAACAGCGCUGAGAAGGACUCACCGAUUAAUAACCCAAGUCUUCGAGGUUUCGAAGUCAUUGAUAAGGCCAAGGCUGCCAUAGAGGCCGUCUGUCCCAAAACUGUGUCAUGCGCCGACGUCCUAGCCUUUGCCGCCCGAGACAGCACCGCCCUCACUGGCGGCCUCAACUUCCCAGUCCCUGCAGGCCGGCGUGACGGUCGCAUCUCCAUAGCAAGCGAAACCUUCACUAAUCUCCCUCCUCCAACAUUCAAUGCAACUCAACUGGAACAAAGUUUCGCCCGGAAAAACCUCACCUUAGAAGAAAUGGUCACUCUCUCAGGCGCACAUUCCAUAGGCCGGUCUCAUUGUAGCUCAUUCGUUCGCCGCCUAUAUAACUUCAGCUCAACUAACCAAGUAGACCCCACUUUGGACCCUGGCUAUGCCACCUUCUUGCAAAGCCAGUGCCCCUUUAAUGCAUCUACUAAUAAUGUUACAGUGGUCCCAAUGGAUGUGUUUACACCAAAUGAUUUGGAUGUGGGUUACUAUGUUGGGUUGACUCAACAUUUUGGGUUGUUUACUUCUGAUCAAACACUUUUGACCAAUUCUUCAACACGGCCUUUUGUGGAGGAGAACAUAGUGAAUCCUGGUGUUUGGGCAAUCAGGUUUGCAAAGGCCAUGAUAAAAAUGGGAAAGAUUGAGGUUCUCACUGGAACAACUGGAGAGAUCAGAACUAAUUGUAGGGUUAUUAAUAGUGCAAAAUCAAUUGGUUCAGUUAUUGAUACUUUGGGCCAUUCUUCUUCUAAGGUGGCUAGUACCUAAAAGCCUCAAAGUGGUGCAUGGGGAGAAGAUAAUGAUUUGAAAAAGUGAGGGGGACAUUGUGUUUCUCUUGAUGUUUAAUUGCUCUGUUUUUCCUUCUCUUCUGUUUUUAUCUAGAUUGUCUCCAUGUGAUAAUGUGAAGCCAAUGGGCCUAAUUUGUGUGGUGCUUGCAAAGAUUAAGAAAUAAAAGAGGCUUCUUCUUGUUAUUUGCUAAA